AUGCGAGGAAUCCUCGAUGUUUUGCAGCAUAUCGACAAUACCUUCGAAAAAAAUGUUCGAAAAGUUGAAAUUGUGAGCUUUUGGGAUAAAGACUCUUACGAUCACUCCCUGUUUGAUCUAUCGAGAGAUACUAUCAAAAAGUACGAGGCUGAGUGGGGCGCAAAAGUGACCUACGUCAAGCCAGAAGACUGGAACUCUGAAGAAUAUGCGGAGUUUUACCUCGAAGUUGAAAAUGCUGUGUAUAGAAAAAUCGACGCUGAAAACCAUGUCAAUUAA